ACAUCUAAAGUGUCAUGCAAAUUUGAACUGAGCUGAACCAAGGAGGGUGUCACACGAAGGCAAAACGAAAAGAAAAUAUGGCCGAUCACGAAGUUUUGUACCAGGCGAUAGUUACGGCACUUAUUGUGGGUCUGUCAUCUUCUAUUAUCUUCAGAUUAUGGAAAUGGUACAGCAUCUUCAGACUGCUCCCUCCUGGUCCUUGGGGGUGGCCAUUUAUUGGAUAUCUCCCUAAACUGAAGACGAACAGGCACCUAGUCCUAACGGAGCUAAGGAAGACGUACGGCGACGUGUAUUGCCUGAAAAUAGGAGUGCAUAGAGCCGUCGUUCUGAAUGGACUGGAGACCGUUCGCCACGCCUUAGUUCAACUAGGGGAAAACUUUGCAGGACGGCCGAGUUUUCAUACGUUUCAGUUCAUUGAAAACGGUAAAAGCAUGGCCUUCUGCGAUGUUGGUCCUCGUUGGAAAGUGAGAAGAACCAUUGCCUUAAACGGACUGCAUGCGUUUUUAAAGGACAAGGUUCACCCUGUUGAGAUUGCGAUGACGGAAGAAGCAAUAUAUCUGGUAGAGACGUUCUUGGGAAAUAGCGGAAAGCCUUUCAAUCCAGAAAACAGCGUAUAUCUUUCACUUGGUUCUAUAACAUUCGGUCUGUGUUUCUCGGAUCACACGUUAGGCCGCAGCGAUGCUGAAUAUCUGAAACUGAUAAAAAGCGUCCGCGAUUUUACUCAGAAUGUUGCAGCGUGUAAUUUGGUUGAUAUUUUGCCAUGGCUUCGAUAUUUAUGGAAAGACAAACUGAAAAGUUUCAUUGAAGUGAAUAACACACUGCAAUCCAUUCUAAGUCGACAAGAGAGAGAGCACCUCGCAACUUUUGAGGAAGGUCACGUGAGGGACAUAUUGGAUUCCUUCAUUAAAACUUGCCGUGAAAUGAACGAAGAAAUUAAACAAGAAGUGCAACUCAAAGACGAGCAUAUAACUAACAUAGCUGCAGAUUUACUACGAGCAGGCACUGUCACUGUGUCAGUGACGCUAACAUGGGCUCUGCUCUACAUGAUAAUGGAUCCCAAAAUUCAAGAACGUCUGCAAAACGAAGUCGAUGACGUCAUCGGCCCAGCGCGAAAUCCGCGACUGGAUGACAUGGGGUCUUUGCCGUACACGGAGGCGUUCAUCUUGGAGACGCUGAGGAAAUCCUCAAUUGCCCCACUGUCCUUGCCUCAUGCUACCACCAAGGACACUACUCUGUAUGGCUAUCAUAUCCCUAGAGGGACGUGGGUGAUACCGAAUUUGUUUUCGAUAAGUCACGAUGAAAAAAUUUGGUCGGACCCCCAUGUUUUCAGACCAGAGCGCUUCUUAACGCCAGAGAACACGGUGAACGAGACGCUCGCCAAGAGUUUCCUCCCAUUUAGUGCCGGCAAAAGGCGCUGUUUAGGGGAAUUACAGGCCCGAUGGGAACUUUUUCUUUUUGUGGCAACUGUUGUUCAACGUUGUCAUUUUGAGAAAGUACCCGGGGAAACUUAUGAUUUGGCUCCUGAACCCGGGCUUGUUCUGCACCCUAAACAUUUUAAUAUUAUAGCCAAAUCGCGUUAGUUCUACACCGUAAAUAACCGUACUAUUGAGACAAUGAUGGCGCUGUAUUUUACUUGGGCAUAGUUUACUCUUCCCCGUCGAGUAACUUGAUUUAUAAAAUGCUUACAAUUGCCCUUUGGUGUUUUAGCACGCUAUGGCCUACAUAGAAAUAUUCAACAUAACAUUAGGCCUAUAUAUUGUGUACAGUACUUAGUAAUAUGGUGCCUUGCAGGUUUUUGAGGAGCAUAAUAAAGGCUUGGUCAUGCAACGUCCCGAAGAUAGUUUAUGCGGCUAUUUAUACCUAUCUAUAUUAUUCAUAAAUAUCAACAUUAAAAUGGCUCUUAGAUACGCAUAUUUUACAAAAUUAAAACUCGUGUUCUUCACAUAAAACACAUUAUAAUUUUCACAUUUAUCGUAAGAUGCUGCUUGGAUUAAUAAAAACAAAUGUGUAAUUUUAAUUUAAUUUAGUCUAUUAAAAUAGACUUGAGAGUUACAUUUUUUCAUUUAAGUUUUAAGCACGUGAGAAGGUCACAUACAUUGUAGAGCUUUACGUAUGGUGUGUAUGUGUUCGUGUGUGCA